UGCCCCAGCCACAGCAUCCCGGCUGCCAUCAGCUGGCCAGUGGGAGGGGGGAGAUCCAGUGAGACAGCAAAGGCUGAGAGUCCAACUGAUCCAGGGCACUUGGAAUUGUGGGGAGGAAGGUGGAGGCUUCCUGAGCACGUGGGGCACUGCCUUCCCUCCGGGGCAUGCAGAGAGCGCCUCAGCAGGGCAAGAUCAACUCCCUUUCCUUCUCCUCAGAUUUGCUGCUGCUGCGGCCCAACCCCUUGUGGCCUGUGCAGUCUGUGUUGCCCGGGCAUCAAGGUGUCAACGGGGACCCGUCUCCUCUACAUGCUCUUCCAUGUCUUGGCAUGUGCCAGCUGCUGUGUCAUGCUCUCGCAAACCGUGGCUGAAGCCAUCAAGGAGAACGUGCCUUUCUACACGGUGCUGUGUGACCACCUCCCCGUGGGUGCCGACUGUGACAUCUUGGUGGGCUACUUGGCCGUCUACAGGGUCUGCUUCGGCAUGGCCUGCUUCCACCUGGGUCAGGCUGCCUUCCUGAUCAACAUCAAGUCCAGCAGCAACUUCCGGGCCCAGUUACACAACAGGUUCUGGUUCCUGAAACUCCUCGUCCUGGUGGGGCUCUGUGCAGCCGCCUUCUUCAUCCUGGACCAGCGCUUCAUCCAAGCCUGGCACCUGGUUGGCGUCUGCGGAGGAUUUGCCUUCAUCCUUGUCCAGCUGGUGCUGAUCACAGCCUUUGCCCACACCUGGAACAAAAACUGGCUGACCGGUGCCUCCAAAGACAAGCGCUGGUACCUGGCCGUGUUCCUGGCCACACUGGGCUUUUAUGCCGUGGCCUCCACCGCGUACACCUUUCUGUACAAAUUCUACACUCACCCAGGCGGCUGCGUCCUCAACAAGGGGCUGCUGGCCUUCAACGGGGGCCUCUGCCUCCUCAUGUCUUUCAUGUCCAUCACACCAUGCGUUCGCCUCCGACAGCCACGCUCAAGCCCCCUGCAGGCCUCCAUCAUCUGCUGCUACGUCAUGUACUUGACCUUCUCUGCCCUGUCCAGCCAUCCAGCAGAAAGAGUGCAGUUCAAGGGGCAAAAUCUCACUGUCUGCUUCCCUGGCCUGAGCAAGGGUGGGAUGCAGAUCGAAGACACGACGGUGGCUGUGCUGGGCGCGGGUGUCAUGUAUGCUUGUGUCCUCUUUGCCUGCAACGAAGCAUCCUUGCUUGCUGAGAUGUUUGGACCUCUGUGGAUGAUCAAGAUCUACAGCUUUGAGUUUAAGGACCCCUCCUGUUGUUUCUGCUGCCCAGAGAAGAUGGAAGAGGAGCUGGCAGGGCAGAGAUGUGAUCAGGAGAGGCCCUCUGCGGGGCAGCAGAUUGCCCACAACGAUGACCACGUGGUCUACAGCUAUUCCACCUUCCACUUUCUCUUCUUCCUGGCCUCGCUGUACGUCAUGAUGACCCUCACCAAUUGGUUUAGCUAUGAGAACGCUGUGCUGGAGCCCACCUUCACACACGGCAGCUGGUCCACCUUCUGGGUCAAGGUCAUGUCCGGCUGGGCCUGCAUCCUCCUCUACCUCUGGCUUCUGCUGGGCCUCCCAGACUCAUGCCAGCGCAGCAGCUCCCUUCUGUGCAUUGUGCGGCACCGCCGGCGCACCCUUCACCGCAUCAGUGUUGCUGCAUAGCUGCCUGGGCCUGUAGACUCUGUUGCCUGUGCCACAGCCUGCCGUGGGCUCAGCCGCCUCCUGGGACUGCCAAAAGCUGAGGCCAAGAGACCAAACAGGGCCCGGCCCUAAGUGGCUGUGGCAAGUGGAGGCCACCAAUGGUGGUUGCAGUGCCUUGCCUCAGCUGGCAGCUUUAACAUGGAUGUGCUAGCAGGGGGUGGAGGGGCACCCAGUGCAUUCCUCCCCACAGCAGAGGUUGCAAGGCUGUGCAAAAUAUGGGGCAGUGCUCCAAGUGGUGGGAUCCCAUUGAUGUGGCAGAAGGAGCAUGCAAAGGCCCCCUACGCAGCCAGUGGGGCUGAGGGGGGGGCACAAGGAAUCCAGUCAGGUGCGCAGUGCCUCUCCCCAGUUCUCAGCUGUCGGGUGGGGUGGGGUCUUGUCAGUGAGUGACACCUCAUUGGGGGUGAGGGGGAUGAGGCUCUUCCCACGUGGACUACUAGUAGCGGUGGUGGAAGGGGAUGCUGCCAAAUGGGCGAAGGAGGCCUCCUUGUGACGCUGAUUAGUAAGAAGGGACAGCUCCAAAAGGCUGGUUGUCAUUGUGGACGUUGCACUUGCUCUGCCAAUAUAUUCUAGUUCACCUGUAAUGCUGCAGAAUGCCUUUAUUUAUCCAAGAGCCCAGGCUGCUCUUCUGGACCCCAGUGGUGCCGAGACUCAGCCCACAUUCUGGGCCACUCAGGGAAGUGCUUCUCCCUCCAUUGCACAGGCAGCCACUCAUUUCUAGCCACAACAGAGUAGCUGUGGGUUAGGUGGGAAUGGCACUAAUGUGCCUGUUGUAUCCAGUGGUCUACACUCAGGCCUGCCCUUAUGAAUUUGGGGGUUCUCUCAGCGAGAGGGUUAUCUAGAAGAUGGGGAGCGCCCUUCCUUGCACAUCUGGGGCUCUGUGGACAGGAAGAGAGUGGCCCUUGUGCAGCUGCAAUGCGGAAGGGUAACAGGAUGAUGAGCAUAUCCUUGGCAGAAUUUGGGACGGACUGUGGCUGCCUCACAGGGGCCUACGGAGGAUGUUCUGUCUGUGGGAAAACUGCAGUCGCCGUGGUCUCUGCCCUGGUUCCAAAGCACUACUCAGGUUCUCCUUCAAGGCCUGCUACCACUGAGGCAGCGUGGACAAUCACUGGACAGAUGAAAUCCAGUCCUGUGGGAUGAAACCAGCCUGUCCUCCCCCUCUUGCCAAGCAGAAAGGUGGGAAAGGCACCGUGGAACCAGGCCUGCAGUCAGGCCUGCCCUGAUGAAUCUGAUCAUCAGAAAUAAGACCUCAAGCUGCCAGAGGCAAUCUGGGCCUGUGCAACACCUGCAAUGAGGCCGGCCACGGUAAGAGCCAGGGAAAGCAAUAUAUUAUCAGGCCUUGGCAGAGGGAGUCACAAAAGCGACGAGAGCAGGCCCUGAGUUAAUCUUAUCUGGCAUCCAGGCAAUGGUGUAAGGCAGGAAAGUUGCCAGACUGUUUGGAAAGAGCAACCAUUCAAAUAUGACCAGAAAGUUGUAUUUAAUUUUAAAGGAAAGGAUUCUUCUUUCUUUCUUUUUUAAAGGAGAAAAUAUGAACAAAAUGACGGUUUGGAAGAAGAUUAAAAUCACUACCAUAGAGGUUGAAAUAAAAUUUAGUUUACAGCUUAGAUAAACCUUAAGCCUUAUACUUUAAGACAAACAAGUCCCGCAGGAUGCUAGCAUGGCUAAGCAGCAGCACAACAGAGGCUGUAAAAGGAGGUGGGCCACCCUCAGGCCCUGCCUGCCCCUGACCUUCCAGGGACAUCUGGCUGGCCACACAGGAUUAGACCCUGACCCAAUGAGGCAAGUCUGUGGCAAGAGACUGAGAGGCCCAAUAUGAGCUGGCCACUGACCCUCAUCUUCUAGGCCCAUCCUCCAGGGUUAGCGCAAACCCAGCACCAGGGGCUAGGACUAGGGCCACACCGACUCUUGGAAUCCUUGUAGCCGGGUAAGACCCCUUCUUGCCAGCAUCACCUGCUGCUCCCUGAACUGGGGCACUGGUCCCCUCAAGGCACACUUUCCUCUGCUGCUCCCAGGAGGGUAGCGGAGGCGAGACUGGAAGGUGUGCUGCAAGGCCCCUGCACAUCUCAGCCAAGGGGUGGGGGGCAACUAGGCUGGCUGUUGAGUACCCUGCUGCUAUCAUGUUAGUGCCCCAGUGCCUGGGAGCACCAGCUCACCUUCAGUAUGAGGUUCCUCCCCAGCCACAGGGGCACCCUUCAGCCCAAAGGAGGCAGGAUCUGAACUACAAGUCUGGUUAAAGAGCCAGGAGAAAAAAAAGACUUUGAGUACCUUCUUUCAACUCCUGUCUAAUAAAUGGCUACUUAAAGACUCCCCGAGUCAUUCCUGGUUCAUCUGUAGAAGGGUUUGGGGAUUAUUCCCCCACUCCCCCAAAUGGCUGCCACAAUAACCUUUGAGGGUGAGGAGGCCUUUUCUGGGACUGCUGCCUGACCACAAACACCCUCAGCAAGCGCCUCCUCGGCUGUCUGUUAAGAACAUGGGGAGAGCCUGGCUGCUCAAGGCGACCCAUUUAGACCAGCAGCCUGUUCUCACACUGGUCAGCCAGAUGCCCCACUAGGAAA